GCCCAGCACAGCCCAGCCGCGCCCAGCCCCAGCCCGGCCGUGCCGAGCCGUGCUGCGCUGCGGGCGGCGGUCCACCGGCCGGCGGUACGGUACAGCGCAGCGCCCGGCUCGCAGGGCAAGGUGCGGCGGUGGGAGGGGGCGGCGGUCGGCGCGGAGCGGAGCGCCGCGGGGGAGCCCAGCGAUGGUGCAGCAGGCGGAGAGCGCGGAGAGCGAGAGCAACCUGCCCCGGGAGGCGAUGGACACCGAGGAGGGCGAGUUCAUGGCUUGCAGCCCGGUGGCUCUGGACGAGAGCGAUCCGGACUGGUGCAAAACGGCGUCGGGGCACAUCAAGCGACCGAUGAACGCUUUCAUGGUGUGGUCUAAGAUCGAGAGGAGAAAAAUCAUGGAGCAGUCGCCGGACAUGCACAACGCGGAGAUCUCCAAGCGCUUGGGCAAACGGUGGAAAAUGCUGAAGGACAGCGAGAAGAUCCCCUUCAUCCGGGAGGCGGAGAGGCUGCGGCUCAAGCACAUGGCCGAUUACCCCGACUACAAGUACCGACCCAGGAAAAAGCCCAAAAUGGACCCCUCGGCCAAGCCCAACGCCGGCCAGAGCCCCGAGAAGAACGCUCCCGGCGGCGGCAGCAAGAGCGCCAAGAGCUCGGGCAAGAAGUGCAGCAAGCUGAAGGCCGCCGCCGCCUCGCCCCCCAAGCCCGGCGCCAAAGCCGCAUCGCACGGGGACUACGCGGGGGACGAGUACGUCUUCGGCGCGUUGAAAGUCAGCAGCAAGGCGGUCAAGUGCGUCUUCGUGGACGAGGAGGAGGAGGACGAGGAGGACGAGGACGAGCUGCAGCUGCGGAUCAAGCAGGAGGCGGACGACGAGGAGGAGGACGAGGAGCCGGGCCCGCAGCAAUUACGGCGGUACAACGUGGCCAAAGUGCCGGCCAGCCCCACCUUAAGCUCCUCGGCGGAGUCCACCGAGGGGGCGAGCCUCUACGAGGAGGUGCGGGGCGCGGCGGGCGGCGGCAGACUCUACUACAGCUUCAAGAACAUCACCAAGCAGGGCCCGCCGCCGCCGCAGCCGCCCGCCGGCCUCUCGCCCGCCUCGUCCCGCUCCAUCUCCACCUCGUCGGCCGGCAGCGAGGAGGCGGACGACCUCCUGUUCGACCUCAGCCUCAACUUCUCGCAGCACGGCCACGCCGCCGCCGAGCUGGGGGCGGGGGCCGCCGCCGGUAACCUCUCCCUCUCGCUGGUGGACAAGGAUCUGGACUCGUUCAGCGAGGGCAGCCUCGGUUCCCACUUCGAGUUCCCCGACUACUGCACCCCGGAGCUGAGCGAGAUGAUCGCGGGCGACUGGCUGGAAGCCAACUUCUCCGACCUGGUGUUCACGUACUGAGCGGGCGGAGGCGGCGACGGGAGCGGCGGACGCCGGCGGUGGUGAUGGUGAUGAUGAUGAUGAUGCUUAAAAAAAAAAAAAAAAGAAAGUCUUCUUAAAAAAAAAAAAAAUCCUGAUGUUAGUUCCGAGCCCGGGAGUUGUGAUUUUUUUUUUUUAAUUUUUAAUUUUGUGUGUUUUUUUUUUAAUUUUUUUUUUUGUUACAUUUGGUGAUCACAACAACAACAGCAAAGGCAAAUGGGACUGGGGGAAAAAUGCUACAGAAGGCGCUGUUCGAAGCUUGGCGGUCUCUGAUGGAAGGCUGGAAGAUGGUCUGCGAAGAAGUCUUUUGGCAGCACAACUGUUACUCAAGGGGGUUUGUGGAUUUUUUUUUUUUUCCCGUGAGAGAUCUUAAAGAACUGUUCUGAUUUUUUUUUUUUAAUUAUUUUUUAUUUUUUCCGAAAGGGACCAUUGCAACUCUUUUUUUUGGAGGGAGAAAACUGAUGUCUUCUAUGCAUCCGAUUCUUAACAAAGCUGCAGGGAGCUUGAAAAAAUGCAGACUGUACAAACGCUUACAAAUAACUGAACUGACUUAAGAUCAGAGUUUACUUUUCAGAUCAAAUUGUUUAUGGUUUUACAAAUGUGAUUUCUACUUGCCAACUUUUUUUUUUGUAACUUGUUCCCUUAUACCUCCUUGAUUGAAUACCAGACAGCCUAGACCUCAGUACAAAAAGGUAUUGAAACAUUUUUGAUACAUAACAGACCUCAGUCUUUUUUAAAAAUUAAUAUAUUUUCAGGCGUAUUUUUGUACAGUGAAAAGGGAACAUUCUUGCUGUGUUUUUUCAGUAAGACUUUUCAGGCACUUCUUCCCUUUUAUUUUCUUUUUUUUCCUCUGUUUUUAGCAUGCAAGUUUGUUGGUACGUUACGUCCUGGUUUUAAAAGGAUUAAAAUUUAAAAAAAAAAAAAUAAUCCUUGCAUCUAAAGGCCUUGUGGUUUAAAAAAAAAGAAAAAGAAAAAAAAAAAAAGAAAAGAAACAAACACUUUUUUUUGUACAGCUAUAGUUCAGAUUUGUUCAAUAUUUGUAGGUAAAGAUUUAUUGAAAAUGGUGAUAUAGACCUCAGAGCUGUUAUCUUAGUUUAAAAGAUUGUAUAUGUACUGUACUAUAGUAGGACUUUAUGUAUCUCAUACGCUGUGAUAUGUGGAUGGGGCCCCAGAUGGAAGGUAUGAAACUGGAUUCUCGAUUUUAGCAAAAAAAGAAAAAAAAAGGCACAUAGUUAAAAAAAAAAAAAAGUUUCUCAUGUUGUGCAAUAUAAUCUAAAGUACAGACCAUCUGCAUAUUUUGUAGCAAAUGAUGACAAAAGCAGACUUGUGCACUGUCAACAUCAUAGCCUGUUUUUUUUUUUUUAAAUGCUGAAAGUCUGUAUCUUGACAAUUUUAAUAAAUCAGCUGGAACUGAUAGAAACUCGUAUCGCUAUUAGUGUCUGUAGAAUAACGCUGGAGAUGCCGUGAUGUCACCCCUCGCCUCGGAGGAGCGGUAGCUGCAGGCUGUUGUGCAUGACCCUAGCUAGGGGGAAGGAAAGAAGGACUCGGUGCCUUCAGCAUUUUUUUCCCCCACCCCUUUCCCUCCGCGCUCCCCUCGGGCAGGGCCGGGAUGUGCCGGUGCGGAGCGGCCGUGGGUUCGCCCCGCUCCGUGCCGGCUCCCCACCGCUGUCCAGGGAGCGGCCCGGCCCUCCCCGCAUCCCAUUGCCGGGGGCACGGCGGGGCCCGCUCCCCACCCCAGAGCGGCUCCCCCUUUCUGUGUUUUUUUUCCCCUUCUCGCCGUUUUGCUGAGCCGUGCCGCAGGGAUGCUCCGUGCCCACAUCUCUGUCUUCGGGCAGCGCUCAGCACGCGGAGCCCCUCCGGAGGGGCGUGGGAAGGAAAGGGGGUACGAGCUUCUGCUGUAGGCGAGCAGACUUCGGCAGUGUGCGCUUCUGGAUAUCUUUUUUUAAUUAUUAUUAUUUUUUUUUUUUCUCCUUAGGAGCCAUCAGAUUUCAAUUGCCCUUUCUGAUGGCAGCAAACAGAUUCACGAGGUGGAAGUUUGUUUCUUGAGUAGUUUACUUUUUAUCUGAUAGGCAUUGCUAUUUUUAUUUUUCUCCACUUAUUACUGAUCCAGCUGUUUACAGGGACAAUUCACUGUGCUGGUAUUUUGGUGGCAACCACUGCUACAGGCUUUCAGACUUGCUGAAAUGAAAAUCCUGCAUACACAUUUGUAAGGCAUAAUAAAACAUAACAUUGAAACCUGCAUGCAUGUUAUGUUUAAUCAAGGACAACUCUUAGGCAUUUAAGUGGUGAGAUAUCUUACUUUAGGUUAGUUAAAUGAACUGGUAGUAAAAUGAUUAAUAUAAUCUGAUCUUUCUAAUAAUAAUAAUAAAACACUCAUGAUUCUAAAUAAAAGUUGUUUGGCCUAAA